UGGGUCUCCAACACGUUUCAACCCACUCGUUGAUGGAUAUCUUCCAAUAAAUGUACCUUCCAUGUCUUCUUUAUAAUAUCAAUCCCUUUCCCCAAGCCCUGGAACUUCCGAUUCGUCAUGCCUAGACUCAACAGUCGGCAGAAACGGCAAGCCCGUUUUGCUGCAGCUCAAGGCCGUCUCACAUCUGAAGAGUUAGAAACACAGAAGCAACAGAACAUGGAGGUCACCCAAAGACCCCUUGCUCACAGCACUCUUUAUCUUCUAAAACUUUCCAAGAAGUGGUUCGUGGAAUUCUUGGAAGAUCAGGUCAGAGAGGAUAUUGAACUUCAGCGCAUGUAUAUUGCUGCCCUGAAUAGAAUGGUCGGUAAACCAGAUCAUGCCAUACAAGGGCUCUUCUUUCACAGGGGAGUUCAGAACAGGAAACAACAAUUCAACUUCUGUAUAUAUCAAGAAGGGCAUCCAGCAGAAUACAGAGAAGCUUACGGUAUCUGCGCACACAUAUCAUUGCACGAAUGA